AUGAUAAAGCUUCUAUUGCUUUGUAUCACGCUUGGCCCUUCUUUGGUUUCCUCUCAGCUUAACGUCCCCGAUACUGCUCCCAGGAACGAUGUUUUCGAGGCUUUCGUGAGCUUCAGCAUCGAGUUCUCCAGCUUGCCUGACUAUGCCGGCAAUAUAUCGAAUCCAAACACAUACUCCGACAACCUUCUUGAAAAUAUCAGAAUCAUAUCUGGCACAAAACCGUACGUCCGCGUAGGCGGCAACACCCAGGACUACGCCCUCUAUGAUCCAUCACUUCCCUAUGCCCUCCAUGGCAUCGUCGACCCCCAGCGCUCCCUGGACUACCCGACCACCGUGACCAUCGGACCAUCUUACUUCGAGUCAUACAGCACCUGGGAAGGUGUCAAGUUCUCCCACGGCUUCAACCUGGCACUCGGCGCAUCAACUGAGAGCGGCUGGCAAACUCUCCUCGACACCGUCCCCCUGGCCUGCAAGGCCCUUGAAGGAGGGAAGAUGUAUUACUGGACCUACGGGAACGAGCCGGAUCUGUAUGCAAUCUCAGCCCAGGGGCCUGUGAGAGACCUCCUGUCGUGGACCGAGGAAGCCUACGUUGAGCAGUGGCUCAAUGGGACGAGGACGAUCAAGGCUCUGGUUGAGGAGCACUGUCCUGAGCUGACCGAGGAUGGCGUGUACGGCUUCCUAGCUCCGGAGUUUACUAUGACUACGAACCCCCUGAAAGCUCCAAAAGCGUGGGCAGCUGGGCUGAAUGAGGAUAAGAGCGUUAAGCUGUUCUCCAAGCACAAGUCCGUCCUCCUCUCCCUUCUUCGUUGGGAUCAGCUGAUGCUGACUUAUGACAGCUACAUCAGCGGCGCGGACACUCCCGGCGUGACCCUGCAGGGCACGCUGCUCAACCAUGAGGUAACCAAGGCCUCAGUUGACGCGCACGUAUCCGAGUAUAACUCCAUCGUUUUCUCUUCUUCAGACUCGGUCCCGCCCCUCAUCUUUGGUGAGACCAACUCCCUCUAUAACCAAGGCCGUCCAGGCCUGUCGAACACUUUCGGGGCUGCCCUCUGGGUCGUCGACUUCAACCUCUACGCCGCCUCAGUUGGCUUCAAGCGUGUACAUAUGCACAUGGGCACGAACUAUCGUUACGCCUCCUGGCAACCAAUCACCACCUCCGUCACCCCCCUGGGCACCAAACCGCCUUACUACGGCAACAUCUUCGUUGCCGCCGCCCUCGGCAACCUCCUCACCUCCCGCGCAACGGUCGUCGAACUCCCCCUUCCGGACUCCAUCUCUUCUCACCCCGCAGCCGCAGCCUACGCCAUCUACACCUCUCCCGCUCAAUAUCCCUCCGACCAGGCAACUUUAAGUCGACUAGUCUUCCUUAAUCUCCAAGGCUACAACACCACAGUCGACGGAGAAGGCCUAAUCCCUCUGGAAGACCCCCCCGAGCGAGGCUCUCAAACUUUUGUAUACAUCCUCCCCACGGAGGUCGUCCCUCCCGGCACGCGGCUCAGGGUGAGGAGACUGAUGGCCAACGGGAGUGAUGCUAUUACCGGUGUGACGUGGGAUGGGUGGAGUUAUAAUCAUGAGUUGGAUGAGGGAAGGCCGGUGAGGCUGGGGAAUGUUACGACGGGGGAGACGGUUGUGGUGAGGGAGGAUGGGGAGGUGGAGGUGGAGGUGUGGGAUGCGAGUGCUGUUAUGGUGGAGUGGGGGUUGGAAGAUAUGGGAUAUGAGAAUGAAUGA